AUGGACGUUUCAAAUGCAUUCUUGAAUGGGGAUUUGUCGGAGGACAUAUACAUGCUUCUGCUUCCUGGGAACCGUGAUCUCAAGGGGAACAAAUUCUUGAUAAUGUUGUUUGCAGAUGAUAUUCUACUUACAGGGAACAAUUUCGCUUUUCUUGAUGUUGCUAAACACCUCCAGAGUUCGAGUUUUCAGAUUAAGAAUCUCAGCAAUCUUCGAUACUUUCUAGGUUUGAAGAUUGCUAGAUCGAAGCAGGAUAUUCAUAUUUGUCAGCGUAAAUACAUGCUAGAAUUACUCGAGGAUUUCGGUUUUCUAGCUUGUAAUUCUGUCGCUUCGCCAAUGGAUCUCAAGGAUAAAUUGUCUUCUGAUUCUGGUGAUCUUUUGAUAGAUGUGACUCAUUACAGGAAGCUAAUAGGGAAGCUCAUUUAUUUGUCUGUAACUAGACCCGACAUCAGUUACGUUGUUCAGAAGUUAAACCAAUUUAUGUCCAAACCCCGUUCCGAUCAUCUUACACAUGCUCAUCGUGUUCUACGUUACCUGAAAGGGGUUUCGACGCAGGGUUUAUUUUAUCCUGCAGAUUCUUCUGUCCGUUUGAGUGGUUACAAGAAUGUCGAUUGGGCAGUUUGUCCAGAUUCAAGGAGGUCGGUUAUUGGUUUUUGCAUUUUCAUUGGAAAUUCUCUUAUAUCCUGUAAAUCGAAUAAGCAACAAGUUAUGUCCAGAAGCAACACCGAAUCUGAGUACAGGGCCAUGGCUCAAACCUCUUCUGAGUUAACUUGGAUCGCUGGUUUUCUUCGAGACUUACACAUCAGAUUUCCGAUGCCUAUUACACUCUAUUGUGACAAUCAAUCGGCAUUGCACAUUGAUAACAAUCUUGUUUUCCAUGAAAGGACGAAACACAUAGAGAUAAACUACCAUUUUGUGUGCGGCAAGCUGAUAUCCGGUUUUUUGAAGGUACUUCAUGUUGUUUCGAAGGACCAAGUUGCUGAUGUGUUCACCAAACCAUUGGUCGGAAAAGUUUCAGACGUUUGCUGA